CGCAUCCUCACCCCGGCAUCGCUGCGCCGGGGGACAGAGCUGCGGCCCGGCUAGCUCCGAGGCGGGGACGCCGCGACGGGAACUUAAGGCCCAAGAGGGAUGUGAAGCCCCAAAAUGACCCUGUUACCGGGAGACAACUCGGACUAUGACUACAGCGCUCUAAGCUGCGCCUCAGACACCUCCUUCCACCCAGCCUUCUUCCCACAGCGCCAGACCAUCAAGGGCGUCUUCUACCGCAGGGCCCAACGGUUGCGGCCAAAGGACGACCUACACCAGAGCAGCUCUCUUGGGGACCGCAGGCGACAGAUCAUCAUCAACGUGGGUGGCAUCAAGUACUCACUACCUUGGACCACGCUGGAUGAGUUCCCACUGACGCGGCUGGGCCAGCUCAAGGCCUGCACCAACUUCGACGACAUCCUGAGCGUGUGUGAUGACUACGACGUAACCUGCAACGAGUUCUUCUUCGACCGCAACCCGGGGGCCUUCGGCACCAUCCUCACGUUCCUGCGGGCCGGCAAGCUGCGCCUGCUUCGGGAGAUGUGUGCCCUGUCCUUCCAGGAGGAGCUGCUGUACUGGGGCAUCGCGGAGGACCACCUGGACGGCUGUUGCAAGCGCCGGUACCUGCAGAAAAUCGAGGAGUUUGCGGAGAUGAUGGAGCGCGAGGAUGAGGAGGAGCCGCUGGACAGCGAGGAUCAAGACAGUGAGGGUCCGUCCGCCAGUGAGGGCCGCCUGAGCCGCUGUAUGAGGAGGCUGCGCGACAUGGUGGAGAGGCCACACUCAGGGCUGCCUGGCAAGGUGUUUGCCUGCCUGUCCGUUCUGUUCGUCACCGUCACCGCCGUCAACCUGUCUGUCAGCACCCUGCCCAGCUUGCGCGAGGAGGAGGAACAGGGCCAGUGUUCCCAGAUGUGCCACAACGUCUUCAUCGUAGAGUCGGUGUGCGUGGGCUGGUUCUCCCUUGAGUUCCUGCUGCGGUUCAUCCAAGCACCCAGCAAGUUCGCCUUCCUGCGGAGCCCGCUGACCCUCAUCGACCUGGUGGCCAUCUUGCCUUACUACGUCACACUGCUGGUGGAUGGCGCUGCCUCCAGCCGCCGCAAGCCAAGCACCGGCAACAGCUACCUGGACAAGGUUGGGCUGGUGCUGCGGGUGCUGCGGGCGCUGCGCAUCCUCUACGUGAUGCGCCUGGCUCGACAUUCACUGGGGCUGCAGACACUGGGCCUCACGGCACGUCGCUGCACGCGUGAAUUCGGGCUUUUGCUGCUUUUCCUGUGUGUGGCCAUCGCCCUCUUUGCCCCACUGCUCUACGUCAUCGAGAAUGAGAUGGCAGACAGCCCCGAAUUUACCAGCAUCCCUGCCUGCUACUGGUGGGCUGUCAUCACCAUGACAACCGUGGGCUACGGAGACAUGGUACCCCGAAGCACGCCGGGCCAGGUGGUGGCUCUAAGCAGCAUCCUCAGCGGGAUCCUCCUCAUGGCCUUCCCUGUCACUUCCAUCUUUCAUACGUUUUCCCGCUCUUACCUGGAGCUCAAGCAGGAACAAGAACGGGUGCUGAUCCGCCGGGCCCAGUACCUCAUCAAAACCAAGUCACAGCUCAGUGGCAUGUCCCAGGACAGUGACAUCUUGUUUGGAAGUGCCUCUUCAGACACUAGGGACAACAACUGAGGCGAGAAGACACCCCUGCCCUGC